CCCCGAUCGAGGACAUUGUCGAGACCAUGAAGGAAUUCGUCGAAUCCGGCCAGGUGCGGUACCUCGGGCUCUCCGAGUGCGGCGCCGACACGCUCCGCCGGGCGGUCCGCGUGCACCCGAUCCACGCGUACCAGAUCGAAUACAGCCCGUUCACGCUCGACAUCGAGCGUCCCGGCUCGGGCGGCGGCAGCGGCGGCAGCGGCGUGGACGAUACCCUGGCGCGCACGUGCCGCGACCUGGGCAUCGCCAUUGUCGCCUACUCCCCUCUCGGGCGGGGGGUGGUGACGGGCCGGCACGCCUCGGCCGACGAGUUCCGCGCGGAGCUCGAGGAGAACGACUUCCGCCGGCUGGUGCCGCGCUUCUCGGCCGACAACCUGCCGCACAACAUGCGGCUCGCCGAGGUGUUCAAGGAGCGGGCGGCGGCGGCGGCGCGCAAGGGGAAGGGGAACGAGGGGUGCACGCCGGCGCAGCUGGUCCUGGCGUGGCUCAUGAAGCAGGACGGCGUGUUCCCCAUCCCGGGGACGAAGAGGAUCGCGUUCCUGGAGGAGAACGUCGGGGCGAACGCCGUCUUCGAGCGCAUGACGGACGACGACGAGAGGGAGAUCCGGGCGGCCGUCGAGAGCGCCGAGGUCCGCGGGACGCGCUACCCGGAGGCCAUGAUGGGCGGGCUGGUAAAGGACACGCCGCCGAGACAGUGAUAUGAAGUGAUGGGUGACGUGAUGGCACCGAGUCAAGCAAGACUGAAUCUCCGUGAUCUCUCGGACUUGUCGCUCAUCUUCGCCGUUCUUUCGUCUCUCUCCUUUUCUUCGGUGCCUAAUAAUAUAAUUAGGGAACCAAUCGCGCAGUGCCUCCUUGCAGGAUGGAUCUUGUGCACGCCGGAUGACUUGUCUUGCCUGUGGCUACAAUUUGGCUCUCAUGUCAGUCGUAGAUUAUCGGGACACCCAGC